AUGGCCAGUCCUUCUGGUCCUCCUGCCAUCCAGGAUGAUGGUGGGGAAGAGAACCGCAAAGCCAAUGACCAACUGACGCCAGUCAUCAAAGUCGAUGCUGAUCCUACAGGCACACCUCUGGCUACUCCAGACAUGAGCAGAGGCUCCAAAAAUGCCGGUAGCGAAGCUAGACUGGGCCCAGUUCGACAGCCAUGCCACAACUUCCGGGCAGCCAGUCAUCUUCCUGAACAUCAUCUCCAGUCCCAAGUGCUCGGUCACCAGGACCCGCAACGUGAAGCAGCAAAACGAGAUCAGGAAAACAUACCUUCACGGCAAUCACAACGAGGUCAUCCAGCUCGGCAGAGCCAACCGCUUGAAGGUCGUUGGUUCCAUCAUCCAACUCCUUCCCCAUGUCGUAUGCAUGCUGUCGAAACGGUACCAAGACAGCCUCAAGCAUCUGCUCAUUCUGGCCCCAAGAACAUCAGGAAAUCUGCGCCUCCUGUCAUGGACUCUGGUCACCGCCCUGAAACUUUGAAGGUACUCCCAAAUUAUGUUCGUGCCACAGCCCAGCCGUUCCACCCAACCACGCGAAUUUGGUAUCCUACGCAGGCUCGCAAUAAAGAGUCAGACCGCCUGAUUGUCAGCUUCGUAGACCAUGCAACAAGCAGGUACCUGGCGGACCGGCCACAGGCUCUCGAGGACACCCACAUCUUCGGUAGUAUCCUCCAUGUACUUUCCAGGGCGCAACAUUACUAUCCAGGCAAAGAUGUCUUGCAACAACAAGCAUUCAGCUAUGCGGCUGAGGUUGGCUGGAGAAGUAGGCUUCCCUUCGGUCUCAGCAUGAAUUUCUCGACAAUUGUAGCAAGAAGAGGACCAGCAUCUCUCAAUGCACAGCAACCUCAGCUGGAUGGAGUUGGGGUGCAAUUCGGGAAUCAAACUAAAGCGUCCGAGUCUGAGUCAGCUUCACCAUCGGAGGCUGUCGCCGAGUACCACAAAACUCUCCGCGAGCACCACUCCGAAUUCCAGCCUGGUAAAGGUCAGUCUCUCAUUCCGUAUCAAAUACGUCAACCUACUUCAGAGUCUGGCACUCAGCGCAAAGAUAUCCCGCGUCUUGGUGGAUACUUCGACGAACUAGAGUACAAUGUCGCAGUUUCAGGCGGUCAUCCAAGAGAUCAACAAGCUGGGUACCCAAGCCAUGUCGACACAACCGUGCCGUACGACCAGAUUUCUCUUCGAGGCUAUCGUCAUGUUACUACCCGGAUGUUUGGAACCAGUAUCAACCAUCAUGAUGAGAUUCGCGCUGAGGCUCGGGGCAUGCCUAGUCAACAUUUCCAGGGCAAUCACUUAGGGAGUCGCAAAGACCUUCACGCCCAGGAGCGCGCUUCGGUACGUCCCGAACGGCUUGAUGAACCACACGUGGGUAAAGAUCAGGCUGUGAGCCCUUCUCCAGUUGAGACAGAGGUGACAGAAUAUCCGAGUCUGUUCGCCGCCGAGACCCAGCCAAUUCCCAAAGAAUACAAUGUCUUACGUAUGCUUUCAAAAAACCAAACUCUGCCCACCAUGUUUCGACGGGUCCUGAGCGCCGACAUCGUCAAGAAAGUGCUCUUUCUGGCAUUACACGGUAUACCAUCGGCGGCAAUUGCGUAUGAGGUCCAAAGUGAAUUCCCGAAACCAGCGGCCUUGCGUGUUGAUGAUCGUAUCGAAAAGAUCGGGUUAGCAAUCGAUCACUACCUACCUCAGCUUUUGGCAGAGGUGGAGCGGGAAGGAGAUCCGAACGACUUCAUCUGCAAACUGUUGAGCUAUGCAACAUCAAAGGAUUGGAUUCCACGAUCUCUUCACAACGCUAUCGAGUAUAUCUACUCAGAGACGACAGAAGGUGCACUUACCGGGAGUGAGGUACGAAGGGAGGCGGCAAAAGCUAGGAUUGCCCUGCACAAAUGGCGGUCUGACCAUGAUGGCGAGGACCCAAAUCCUUCGCAUACUGGCAAGCGAUACAGUACUCAUGGCUCUUCUCCAGAUGCAAAGAGAUUAAAAAACGUGGGCGGCAAUCGCAAAGUCGGUAUGGCAUAUCGCGGGUUACAGAGAGAGAAACAGGACUAUCAGCAUCUUGCCGAACUCGGUUAUCGCAAGGGUGAUGACGACCACGAGAAGCUUGUGAUGUUUGAGUGGCUGAAGAGCAUCAAGGAGAAGAAGAGAUUGCCGGACCUCUUGGAAGCCGCCGACCUUAUUAGAGGCGAGUGA